AUGGAAUGUUUGCAAGCGCUUAAUGAUUUGAUAUUUCCAAUUCAAAAAUUUGAAUUUGGAUCCGAAUAUUCUCUUCGUGAUUUGCUUCAACCUUCAAUGAUGAGCAACAAAAUGGAAAGUCAGACCAUUACAUCGACAAAACGUCAAAAACUAAAUAAUCAAUUUCGAGAAAGACGGAAGUGUGGCCGCUUGAAUGCUGUGAAAUUAUCGAGGGGCAACGUUUUUUCGCCGAAAUAUCUUAGUGAUGAUCGCAAAGAUGAUAACCUUCCUAAAACACCCGGUCGAAUUUUGGAGCUUCCGACUAUUACCUAUCAUUCGUUUUCUAAAGACAGUGCAAAACUCACCCCGCAUAAUGGAACUGGAAGAAAAUUCAUCAAAGUAAUAUCUUGGUUUGUCUUGCGCUGUAAUCAGGAGAAAUACUUGCUUCGUCUGGAAGACGACAAAUAUCGUUUCUAUGAUACAAGUAUCGAUAAAAAACAUGGGCAAGCGAAGCGAUGCUUAAUAACGCUAAUGCCAAAUCAACAGUCUCGACCUAUGUGCCCACUAACCAGUCAAUCAUUGCCUCCGACGAUAGGUGUGGUAGUCUUUUCUGAUGCUUUGGGUUUUACCAUAUCCAAUGAUAACAUUCAUGACAACCUUUUACUGAUGUCAAAGAAGUGA